AUGCUUCAAAGUAUUGAUCGUUACCUAAGGCAAAACAAUUAUGGAGCUUCAAUUCUACACGAUACUGCGUUUUUAGGGGUCCGAGACAUCUUAAAAAAGAAACAAAGGGAACUGAAAUCGCACGGCAAAGGAAAUAAACCAAACGCUGCUGAGCCGCUAACCGACGACGAUAUUAACGACUUGUACGCAAAAAAAGUGUUGGGAAUCCACGCUCCCCGACCGCUUCUCAACAUAGUGUGGUUAAAUAAUUGUGUUUUCUUCGGAAUGCGACCUGGUAAAGAGCAACGAGACUUAUCCUGGGGAGAUCUGCAGUUGAAAACUGACUCGUCCGGGACUCGUUUUAUUCAGUUUACCACGGAAAGACAAACUAAAACUCGCACCGGAGAGAACCCUCGAAAUCGACGUGAAGUGAAGCCUGUUAUGUACGAAAAUAAAGAAAACCCCGAGAGGUGUCCAGUCACUGCUUAUCUAAAAUACAAAGAGGAACGACCAGCCGAGAUGUGUGGACAUAGCUCACCAUUUUAUCUUGCUAUAAAUACCGAGAUUCCAAAGCCUGGAAAAAGGUGGUUCAAAACUAGCGCUCUUGGUGUUAAUUCUCUACGAAACAUGAUGAAAACCAUGCAAACAGCAGCUGGCAUGGAAACGGAUAGAAAAAUCGUAAACCACAGCACACGAAAACACCUGAUUCAGAAGCUAGUAGACAACGAAAUCCCUGCAAAUGAGAUCAUGCAAAUAACAGAACAUAAAAACGUGAGCUCGAUAAACAACUAUUCAACCAUGUCCGCGACUAGACAACAACAAAUCUCUGGUAUUUUGUCCAAUUCAACCUGCAGCGCCAGCGUUCAGAAAUCUCAUUUUAGCACUUCAUUUGUACGAAACAGCACUUCUGGUAACACAUCUUUGGGAAAUCUUCCAAGUUUUCUUCAGAACUGUAACGUUCAAACUGUAAACAUUAAUCUACUGCAGCCGAAUUCCUCUUCUAUAGUCAUGGAGAGCUCGGACACCGUUUCAACAGUUAAUAGAAGAAGAAUAAUUCUCGAAUCUUCAAGUGAAGAAAGCCAGUAA